AUGUUGCCCCCUCCGCGCCGCGGCCCGGCGUACAAGACCAAGAUGUGCGCGCUGUGGCAGAACGGCAACUGCGACCGCGAGCUCUGCAGCUUCGCCCACGGCACGGCCGAGCUCCGCCGGCCCCCCUCCUCCCGGCCCACCUUCCCGCCCCACCACGCCGGGAGAAGAGAUUAUAGAGGUGGUGAUUUCAGAGGCAGGAUUGAAAGGAGGUUCUCACCUCGCAGGAGGCAUUCCCCUGGAAGAGAUUUCAGGGGUCAUCGUUCCCUACACGAUCGAAGGCCAACUUCUCGAGAAAGGGAGUCUAGCUUUUCACGGUCUCCCAGCAGGAAGAGUGAGAGGAGGCAUGAAAAGAAGAUGGAUGAUGGAGAAACAAACUCAUCUAAGAGUUCUCCUAUCUCUGAUAAUAAUGAUAGGAAAAAGGAAAAAGUCACUAGUGGUGACGAGAAAGAGGAUUAUGAAAAGGAGCUGAAACAAGUUAGAUCAGAUAUGGAGGCUUUGCGUGACGAUAAAUCUCAUCUCGAGAUUGUUUUGGAUGAGAAAAUGGAUGAAGUGCGCAGGAUUUCUAGCCAAGUAAGUGACCUUGAUCAGCAGCUGAGGAGGGAGAAAGAAGAAUGUCAUAGAAUGACGUCAAAAAUGAAGAAGUUCCUAAAAGCUCAUGUCCGUUUUAUGAAAGCUCGGGAGGAGUUGAAAAGGUCACAAGCUCGUUUUGAGAGACUUGGUGAUAUGCUUGCUUCAGAAAUUUUAAAGCGUGGUGCUAAUGAAGAAGCUUCCAGCGUCCAUGUUGAUGAAGAUCUAAAUGGACCUUAUGAAAGGAGUCCAAAUGCUACUCCAGCUAAAAAGCGAUCAAUCCCAUACUCAACUAGUGAUGAGGCAAAAGCUGCUAAGAAAAGAGGAGAGCGAGAGACUGAUACAUUCACUAGAUCAGAUAAAUAUAGGUCAGAAGGCGAUAUUACAGACUAUGAUAAAACAAGUAAGGGUAGUGAUGGAACAAAAUCUAUAUAUUUGAAGAAGAGACUGUGGGAAGAUGAAAAGAAUAAGCUUGGAAAUGCUGCCUCCUCUGCAGACCAGGUGAAAGAUUCUCCAGUGAAGCACGCUUUGCCCUCCACUGGUAUGGCUGCUCGUGCCUUAUAUGACCUUAACGAGGCAGUUGAACUGGAUGAUAGAAACGAACAGAUAGAUGCAUUGCUAGAAAAUGAUGCUGACGGGACUAGAUCGCCGGUACCUCCAGUGGGCCAAAAUGCCUUCGAGCAGUAUGACGACCUCGACGAGGAAGUGGAUGUGGACGUAUAA